AUGUCUUCAAGCGGAAAGUAUAGUGUUGGAUACUUCGUCAACUGGGGAAUAUACGGCAGAAAAUACCCUCCGUCUUUGAUCCCGGUGCAGGAUCUGACCCACAUCCUCUACGCGUUCGCAGAUAUCAGGGGAGAUACUGGUGAAGUAUUCCUCUCCGACACCUGGGCGGACCAACAAAUCCACUAUCCGGGCGACUCUUGGAAUGACGUUGGCAACAAUCUCUACGGCAAUUUCAAAGCAUUGUAUAAACUCAAGAAAGAUAAUCGGCAUCUGAAAGUCAUCCUAUCUAUCGGUGGAUGGACAUAUUCACCGAAGUUCCAUCCUGUUGUCAUCUCACCCGUCUUGAGAUCGAAGUUUGUGGCGUCGGCGAUCCGCCUGUUGGAAGACAAUGGACUAGAUGGACUGGACGUCGAUUAUGAAUAUCCCCAGAAUGACGAACAAGCCAGGGGGUAUGUCGCGCUGCUGAAAGAAAUGAGGGAAGGCCUGGAUGCACAUGCAACACGCAAGCGUAUCAACUAUAAAUAUCUGCUCACGAUUGCAGCGCCUUGCGGACCCGACAACUAUCAGAAGCUACACGUUCAGGAGAUGGACCGUUAUCUUGACUUCUGGAACAUGAUGGCUUACGACUUCUCUGGUUCCUGGGACACAGUCGCAAACCAUCAAGCCAACCUCUUCGGAGGCCCCAUCAGCGCUUCUCAAGCAAUUCAGUGGUACAUAUCGCAAGGCGUACCGAGGGGGAAGAUUAUCCUGGGAAUACCCCUCUAUGGUCGAAGCUUCAUGAAUACUCAAGGUGUAGGACAGCCUUUCCAGGGAAUAGGACAGGGCAGCUGGGAGCAAGGCGUAUACGACUAUCGCGCAUUACCAUUGCCAGGGUCCUAUCUGUUACGUGACGAACAUGCUGCGGCCAGCUGGUCAUACAACUACGAGACUAAAGAACUCGUCAGCUUCGACUCGGAGCAAGUGGGGAGAUGGAAGGGGGAGUGGAUUGCGAAAGAAGGGCUCGGAGGCAGUAUGUUCUGGGAACUCAGUGGAGAUAAGGGCACCGCACGAGACGGCAUGGAAAGUGGUCCAGGUAAAGACCCACAAGCAGGGCAAAGCCUCGUUGCCACGGUCAAGGACGCUAUGGGACAGCUGGACCGCACUCCCAAUUGCCUGCGCUACGAAGGCAGUCAGUUUGAUAACUUACGCAAUGGAACUCUAUAA